UACGUCUGGACUUAUUGUUGAUAGUUUGUUUAUGAGAACGGAUUUAUAAUCAUUGGCUCGUUCUAGCGUUUCCUUAAUGAAGUAGUUGUAAAUGUUUGAGAGUGAAAUCUUGUUUAAAACAUAUACAUUUUAGCAAACAAUAAGUUGGAAAAUCCCAACCAACCUCCGACUCGAACAUAACCAUGGAAAGCAACAACGAUGAACCGCGGCGUUUGGAUGGAAGAACAGUUUCCGGUCUGCAGCAGGCACUUAGAGAGCAAGCAAUACGAGCAAUGAACCGCGGUGGCCGUUCACAUCACGGUCGAGGUGGCGGCAGGCAUCGCGGAAGACCGCCAGGACUCCGGGGCAGGGAAAUCGGCAUGUUUUAUAGGCAACGCGCCAUGGAACGGGAGCAGCAGGAAGAACUUGAAUCCUUCGUCCUUCUACAACCGGAAAUCAUAGUCAAAGUGCAAAAAAUGCUCAGCGAGUAUGAUAGCGCUUCCACGUCUACAUUUCGUUCGGAAUUCGAAAAUUAUUUCAAAUCAAUUCGAUCGACAAGUUUUGAACAGAAUAUGAAGGAGAAACUGUUGGAAUCGUGCGUAGAACAGGAUGACAGGCUCGAUGAAAAGAUGAUGAUCGAAUAUGAUGAGAUGAUGGACAAUUUGAAGUUCCAAGAAAACAUGAUCACUCGCGAGAAGUUACCAGUUAACACGAAGAAAGAGGAAAUACUCAAUGCCAUUGCUUCAAAUCAGGUUGUUCUCAUAUCAGGCGACACAGGUUGCGGUAAAACAACUCAGGUCCCUCAAUAUGUCCUGGACUCGUAUCUCUCCUCCGGGAAGGCAUCCCUUUGCAAAAUCUUCUGUACGCAGCCUCGUCGGAUUUCGGCAAUCACAGUCGCUGAGCGUGUGGCCUGGGAACGAGCGCAACAUUUAGGAGAGUCAGUUGGCUACCAGAUCCGUUUGCAAAGUGUCCUUCCGCAUGAGCGAGGAUCCAUAACGUACUGUACGACGGGAAUACUUCUAAAACGACUGGAGUCUGACCCACUUUUGAACGGUAUAUCACAUAUUUUUCUUGAUGAAGUGCAUGAGAGAGACGUGAAUACAGAUGUGGUUAUGGGUCUCCUGAAAGAGAUCAUAUCUCAUCGACCGGAUUUAAAAGUGAUUCUCAUGAGUGCCACAUUCAACACAAGCACUUUCUCAGCAUAUUUCAAUAAUUGUACAAAUAUCGAGGUACAAGGAACUCUGUUUCCUGUAACAGAAUUUUAUUUGGAGGAUGUUUUAGAAGAGACGAAAUUCGCAAACUUCCCUGAGGAAGUUCAACGCAAACGUCCGAAAUGGGAGAAAUACCGCAACAAGUAUAAGCAAAGCGAUUCAUUGGACGACUACACCAGCUUCAUUGAACCAUACGCUCGAUCGGUUCAAGACAAAUACUCGAAAUUCGUAAUUGAAGGGAUCAAGAAUCCUAAUUCAGAAAAAAUCAAUGUGGACUUGUUAACUGCUCUAAUUUUUCAUAUUUCAUUUAACAAACCUGCAGGAGCGAUUUUAGUUUUCCUGCCAGGCUACGAAGCGAUAUCCAAAUUACACACUUCAAUAACUAAUUCCAAGUUUUAUUCCGCGGAAAAGUUCAAAGUUUAUGCUUUACACUCCAUGAUGCCAACUGCUGAUCAGAAAUCUGUUUUCUCAAGACCACCGGAAAAUGUUCGAAAAGUUAUAAUUUCCACGAAUAUUGCCGAAACAUCGAUAACCAUCGAUGAUGUUGUUUAUGUGAUUAAUUCAGGUAAAUCAAAAAUGACAAAUUAUAAUCCUGAAACGAAGCUUCAAACUCUUGAGGAAGUUUGGACGACAUUGGCCAAUAAUAAGCAAAGGAGAGGACGAGCAGGUCGUGUUCAACCAGGAAUUUGCUAUCAUUUGUUCACGAGAGCUCGCGAAUUUACAAUGGAUGCUCUUCCGACACCAGAAAUUCUCCGAACUAGGCUAGAGUCGGUCAUACUUAACUUAAAAAUGCUACGAAUUCAUGACGUCGCUCAGUUCCUUAGAAAGCUUGUAUCUGUGCCUGACGAUUCUGUCGUGCAAACAAGUAUUGCAUUGCUUAAAAGAUUAAACGCUCUUGAUGAACGCGAAUUUAUUACUCCGCUCGGUCUUCACUUAGCCCGUUUACCAAUCGAUCCACAAAUCGGAAAAAUGAUCCUCCUGGCUGCGCUAUUUAAAUGUGUGGAUCCCAUAACUUCUGUUGCAGCAAAUUUAUCCUUCAAGGACCCAUUCUAUAGGCCACUGGGCAAGGAAAAACUUGUUGAUGACAUUCGUGUAAAAUUUUCAAAAGAUACAAAGAGUGACCACUUGAUGGCUGCUAAUGUUAUUACUGAAUACAGAGAGGAGAAGCGAAAAGGCAACGAGAGAUCGUUCUGCUAUGAUAAUUUCCUUAGUAUAUCGACAUUGAAUCAAUUGGAAAAAAUGAAAGGACAAUUCACUGAUUUACUCAUGGAAGCCAGAUUUCUUGAAAGCUCAGAUCCGACGGAUCCGAAAAAUAAUUAUAAUUCAUCAAACUUAGAUUUACUAAGAUCAAUAAUAUCAGCAGGACUAUAUCCAAAUGUCGCUAAAGUGAGGAGAGUGAAAAUCUGUAAAAGGAGAGUAGAUCCUCGAAUGGACAUAAUCACUCCGGAGGAUGGUAGAGUGUCCUUCCAUCCUUCUUCGAUCAACAGCAAACAAACAGGUUUCGAGUACAAAUUUUUCGCUUAUUUUAUGAAGCAAAAAUCAACCGCUAUAUAUUUAUUCGACACAACAAUGAUAAAUCCACGGGCGCUUUUGAUUUUCGGCGACGGAGAGGGUGCAGGAUUUGAUCAACUUGGAAACCAUUUUAUAUUAUUGGGUGACAGUUUUCGAUUUCGUACCAAUCGUGUCUCGGCAGAAGUGAUUUUGAAAUUACGAGAAAAGUUUGAUGAAUUGUUACAAAAGAAAGCGAUAAAUCCCGGACCAGUAGAUCCGGAAAGCGAGGAUGCCUUGCUAUUGGGUGCAAUUACUGAAGUAUUGAAUGCUGGUCGAUUUAGUGGUCACCCGGACUAUUCUUCAGAUGAAGGAAAUGUGAUGUGAUUUUAAGGAAUGAAAUGUAAUUUAUUGGAAAAAAUAUUGCAUACUUUCAUUUACUUUGGUUUUAA